AUGGUGACAUUAAAGCAGACUCACCCUUCUGCCCCUUCCUCGGUUGUUAAAGUAUUUAUUUUCUCUAUGCCAAGAGUUGCUGCACCAAAGUGGCUGUCAGGCCUACUUCUGUUGCUGUUGUUCUUAACACAACUACUCUCCGUACAUGCUGAGGAAGUUUACCUAACAAGUGAUGAUUUUUACUCGACCACAUGCUCUGGCGUCUGGAGUAAAAGUGCAAUUCCAGGUGGAAGAACACCAUUUAUCAAAGUGACAAUGGGAGGAAAAUCUCAUGGAAAGACUGCAAUGCUGAUUUACGAAUGGAAGGAUUACAACAACAUUGGUUAUCUUGAUAACAAGAAGCAGGAGAUGCGUUACAUUUGCGACAAGAAGGCAGUGGCUGAUAAGCUCUGUACUAAUUCAACGUUGAAUGAGUUUAUUGUUCACGUACCCGCAGCUGAAAAAAACACCACUUCCAUUCUGACCACCGUAUUCGACAUGCAACCCGACAAAAAGGAAGUAGCUUUGUACACAAUCGAGAAUACUGGCUAUUAUUGUGUUGUUCUUGUACCUGUUGGUUCCAGUGGUGAAAACUCCACAUUCUUUGAGGCUUGGGUUGAGUGGAAAUUCCCAUAUGGUGAACUUCCUGCUGUAGAUUAUCCAAAGUUACUGUUUUAUGGUAUAUUCUCGUUGGUUUAUUUGUGUGUGGGGCUUUUCUGGGGUAUCCAAUCCUUCCGUUAUUGGCAAGAUAUUUUACCUGUCCAGCACUUUUUGUCUGGAGCCAUUUUCUUUCUCACAGUCGAGAUGGCCUUUAACUUUGGAUUCUGGGAGGCUUACAAUCAAACCGGAAAGCCAUGCAAGUUUAUCUAUUUCAUUCUUCAUGUUGUUGAUUGUAUGCAUGGGAUACAGCGUCGUCAGAAGCUUUUGGAAUACUCAUCGAUUGUGUACCUCAGACCCUCACUUGGAUCUACUAUGAAGAAGUGUGUUAUUCUUGCAUGUACCCAUUUCUUUUUCGGUGUUAUUUACUCGCUUGGCACUAUGUUAUUAUCUCCUGAGACAGCUGGCUUUUUGGUUCUUCUUGUUGUAUUUCCACUUGCAAUUACCAUGACAGCAUUCUAUGUGUGGACACUUGGAUCAAUUACCCAGACAUUGGCUACACUUGGUAAGAGGAACAAGAAGAUUAAGCGGACAAGUCAAACAGAAAUCAGAAGACAGCAUGUCAAGGCCCUUAUGUACAAGCGUCUUUACCGUCUUCUCGUAUUCUCGGUAUUGAUGGUUAUGAUCAUCUUUAUUCUCAACAUGUUCAACUUUUCGGAUCGUACCCAGGUCGAUUGGGCUGCUCGUAACUGGAAGCGUAGAUGGUUUAUGUUGGACGGAUGGCUUAAUAUCCUGUACUUUAUCGUCUUCUUUGUCAUCAUUGUUCUCUGGAGACCUACGAGCUACAACUCACGUUAUGGUCUGGAGCAAUUGAGUCAGGAUGAAGAAGAAGCAAUUGCGCUCGAGAACAGUCUGAGACGGGCCGAAGGAAAUGGUACCGAGAGAUCUGGUGGAGGACGUAACCGGUCUGGUAGAAGCAUGGAUGGUGAUGAUGCCUUGUUUGAACUUGGCGACGACUUUAGCGAUGAUGAACAUGGUCAUCACAAAGGACAAGUAGGCGGAAACGCCCCAAGUCAUGGAAAUUCUCCUGCGUCUGAUAAUAGACAAGCAUCUCAAGGUGUCUCUCGAACAAAUACUCCCAAACAGAAUGCAAAUGAAGAAGAGAGUGCGCUAUUGCAUGUUAAUCAAGAUGAUGAAGACGACGAACAUUUGGAUGACAGUGAACAUGCUCAUCUUACUGCAAACACCCGUAAACGAUCAUAGAAAGAUCUUGGUUGCUGGUGAUUAAAAAAAAAGGAUAUCAUGGUUUUUUGCACCAUGUAAAAAAAAAUCAAAAUGAAAACCAUUCUUAAUAAAGAAACUACUUGACUUGAAGAUGU